UUGUAUACUGCAAUUUUCUUGUUUUACUAAGUACAACCGUACGCAGUCAAAACAUAAACAAACAAAAUGUGAACGUAGCAGACGAUUGACGAACUCUUACAGACUACAGCUUUCUCAGUAGGUAUCACUAUACUAAAUCAAAAAAUUAUUUAAAAAGACGAUAUCGAAUUCGUCACUGAAUUCCAUGUUAAUUGGGACACCCUGUACCCUGCCAUGAUGCCAGCCCUUUUGUGUCUAAAAGGCAUACCAUGCUUAGAGAAUUACAAGAUUUUUUUAUAUUUCGUAAAUAUCAAUCUUAUCUUGCUUGUACAAAUUAUACGAUUUUUACUCAUAUGCAGUCUGUACAGGGCUACCCAUAAAGCAUGAUAAUUCAAAGACUACUUGAAACUAAUGAAAUAUGAAGAUUUCAAGGUUAAUUUAAUAAAUUGUCUUUUAAUUGAUUUGACAAAGAAAGAAGCAAGUUUACAGAAUCAUGGAAUCAUAAAUUUAAGGAACUACAGACGGUAAAAACAUAAAAGAAUCAUCUCUGAAGCCUCCUCCAUCUCUGGGUAACCCUGUAUACUCACUGUACAGUAAAUGAUCAUCGAACUAGAAGUUUAAAUAAUUGUAUUUAUUUCAGAAUGGAUUAUGGUCUUGAAAGAUGCUUCACAUGAACACAUGAGUUCUAAGCUGUGGAGAACUGAACAUGACUACAAAACAUAUUAAAAUUAUAUUUGUGCAUCUUAUAAACCCAUACAACGGUUUGCACUGACUCAACUCAAGUCUGUUAUCAGAAGAUAAACAUGAGUCGAAGAAAUCCGCGACGGUCAGCUAUUGUAGCGAAAGAAGACCAGGAGGCAAAUAUUGACGACCCUGAAGAGAUGGAAGACGAAGAGCUAGUCGCUGAUGAGGCUCAUGACGACGAAGAAGAGAAUGAGGAGGGGGUGGAAGAGGGAAAAAGCAACGAUGACGCCGACUUUGACUUGGAAAAUAAGAAGAAAUUCGGGUGUCCCGGGUGUCCAGCGAAAUUCAACCGAAAAUACGAUAUGGAAAAACAUGCCAGAAUGCAUACUGGAGAGAAACCCUACCAAUGUGGAGUUUGUGGUAAAAAGUUUGUCCAGGUUGGUUCGUUGACAAUACACAUGAGAGCCCACACUGGGCAGAUGCCGCACAAAUGUAAUGUCUGUGACAAAACAUUUGCAAUAAAGGAGAGAUUAAAACUACACAUGAGAAUGCACACAGGCGAGAAACCGUUUAAAUGUGAUGUGUGCGAUAAAACCUUUGCCCGGGGUGGUCAGCUGAUUGUACAUAAACGAGUACAUAACGGUGAGAAACCGUACAACUGUGAUCAGUGUGAUAUGAAGUUCAGCUCCAGUGGAAACCUGAAGCUACACUCCAGUCAGCAUCAAAUUAGUAAGGAGUUUCAAUGUCAUCUGUGUGAGAAAUCAUAUCCCCGUGCGGAUACUCUGAAGAGACACAUACUGAGCUACCACGAGGGGAAGAAGAUGUAUAAGUGUAACGUGUGUAACAAGAGUUUCAAGGGACAUAUCAAGGAUCACAUGAGAACUCAUGCUACAGAGGAGGAAGAGAAACCAUACUCUUGUGGACAGUGUGGAGCUAAAUUCAAUCAGAGAAGUCAGUUGACAGUCCAUAUGCGCGUGCACACCGGAGAGCGCCCUUACUGUUGUAAAAUAUGCUCCCGUGCGUUUUCUCAUUCAACUGCGCUUAAAUUGCAUUUGAGGAUGCAUACAGGAGAGAAGCCGCAUACCUGUAAGCUCUGCAACAAAUCGUUUGCCCAGCUCCCUCACCUCAAGAAACACAUGCUCUGUGUACACAAUACUGAUAAACCGUACUACUGUGAGAUCUGCCAGGGAUUCUUUAAGAUAAAAUCUGCAUAUGAGGGCCACGCUCUACGCGAUCAUCCUGACAAUCUUCCUGAGGAUCUCCAGCUGGAACCUGUAGCUAGUACAGGAGAUAUAGAAACAGCAGCUGAUAUUACAAUAAUUACGGUGGAUGACAGUGUAGGUGUCCAAAUGAUGAGUAUGGAGAAGAUGAGAACCUUGCUGGCUCUCCUCCUCAAGAAGAUCUCAACUCCAUCCAGGCUUAAGAAGCUCGGCUUUGGGAGCAGGCUCAUAGGUAUUAUUAUUAUUAUUGUAAUUAUUUUUAUUAUUUUUAUUUUGCAGCAGCUUUUCAAGGGUAUGUUACCAUGUGUUGACUUCACAAAUGUGUAAU